UGAGCUGCAGGACGGCGCAUGCCAGAGCGCGCGCGUCCGAGUAGAUGAAUGAGUGAUGGAGAUGGACCGGAAACUACUGAGUCAGGUUUUCUUCAUGUGCGUGGUGCUGAGCGGGCGAGUCUCCCCGGCUGAGUUAACCUGCGAAACUUUGAUCCUGCUGUCAACCAACUUCACAGCGAGGACCUUAGCCCGGCUCAACCAGACAUUCACCAUCAGCAACUCCUCAGGUGUGUACUGUGAGCUGUCGGUGGAUGGGAUAGGAACCUGUUGGCCUCAAAGUGUAGCAGGUGAGCUGGUCUCCAGACCCUGUCCUGAGCAGUUCAACGGGAUCCACUACAACACCACCAAUCGGGUCUACAGAGAGUGUCAGGUGAAUGGCAGCUGGGCGCCUCGAGGAAACUACAGCCAGUGCACCGAGAUCAUCGUCCUGAGGAAGAGUAAAGUUCACUAUCAGGUGGCUGUCAUCAUCAACUACCUGGGCCACUGCAUCUCUCUGGGAGCGCUGCUGCUUGCCUUCACGCUUUUCAUGAGGCUCAGGAGCAUUCGCUGUUUGAGGAACAUCAUCCACUGGAACCUGAUCUCCGCCUUUAUCCUGAGGAACGCCACCUGGUUCAUCGUCCAGCUAACAAUGAAUCCCGCUGUUACCGAGAGAAACCAGGUGUGGUGCAGGUUGGUGACGGCAGGUUAUAACUACUUCCAUGUGACCAACUUCUUCUGGAUGUUUGGUGAAGGCUGUUACCUCCACACUGCCGUCGUUCUCACCUACUCAACCGAUAAACUCAGGAAGUGGAUGUUCAUCUGCAUCGGGUGGGGUAUUCCAUUUCCCAUCAUCGUGGCAUGGGCUUUUGGGAAGCUGUACUACGACAAUGAGAAGUGCUGGUUUGGAAAGAGGACGGGAGUUUAUACAGACUACAUUUACCAAGGCCCCAUGAUCCUGGUCCUGCUGAUUAACUUUGUCUUCCUGUUCAACAUCGUCCGGAUCCUGAUGACCAAACUGAGGGCAUCAACAACCUCAGAAACCAUUCAAUACAGGAAGGCUGUGAAGGCAACGCUGGUGCUCCUGCCUCUGUUAGGAAUCACCUACAUGCUUUUCUUUGUGAACCCCGGAGGAGAGGACGAGGUCGCUCGGAUCGUCUUCAUCUACUUCAACUCCAUCCUCGAGUCCUUCCAGGGCUUUUUUGUCUCUGUGUUUUACUGCUUCCUGAACAGCGAGGUGCGCUCCGCGGUCAGGAAGCGUUGGAUUCGUUGGCAGGACCGUCACUCCAUCCGGAGCCGGGCCAUACGUGCCACCUCGCUGCCCACCUCACCAAGCAGAGUGUCCUUCCACAGCAUCAAACAGUCCUCAAACCUCUGACAGACCUGAACUCACCCAAUGACGGUCUGAGAUGUGAUUCCUGUUGGCCAAUCCGAGCUCUUAUGAUGCAUGAGGACCAGACAGUUAUAGGGGGGGCUCUGUGUGGCCCCGCCUCUCUUCACCCUCACUAGACUCUCAGUCACUGGACUCAACCAAUCAGCUGCUUCAUAUGUUGUACUGAGCAGCGGGACUGCAUUUAAUAAUCGGUUAUUGAUUUAUUGAUCAGUGUUUUAUUUAUCAGCUAUUACUGUAUGUAUUACUGAUAACCAGCUUUCUGCUCUUCACACACACGUACACUGAUCAUCACAGAUUCAGAGGUGUGUGGUGAGAAACCUAACCCUAACUUAGACUGUGUGAUAAUCCUGACCCGGCGCUGACUCUUUACUGCCUGGACGUCAGCUUCGUGCUCUCCUUCCUCAGGUGAACAUUUAAUCAGAUUAACUCUUCGUGUGAGUUGAUUAAGGUAUCGGACCAGUUCCACCAGUGGCAAGAAAGUAAAGCUGGAUUAUCAGCAGGUUUUACUUUGAAUCAGGUGGCGUCUUUAUGACCACAAGAACGUCUGCUUCAUGUUUGGUGUGAGUGCUCCGCCACAGAGACACUGCUGAAGACACACAGCAGCAGAUCCAGGAGAGUGUGUGUGUGUGUGUGAGAGAGACAGAGUGAUUGAUCCAUCAGUCUGAUCAGUGGCAUUAUUCCCUGGAAGAAUCUUGAUGAAGCUGUGCGCCAUGUAUCUGAAUAAUGCUUCUGAUUCUUCGCACACUGGUUUUGGCGACUCAUUGCUCUUCCUCCGGCAUCAGGCAACACCGAGGACUGGAGGCUUGGUUUCCGUAGCAACCCGAGGAUGCACAGCGCUUCCAGCAGUUCCUGGUCAGUUUUUGUAUGAUGCUUGUAACUUAGGAGUGUUUGCUGUUGGUAAAGGUGAACACCUCCUUCUUGUUCUGGUGUCCAUGUGGCUCAGAAGUCGGGAUGGAAAGGCGAUAGAAAGCACAAAAACACCAUUUAGUUCAUAGUGGCUGUUGUGUGCUGCU